AUGACGUCGCGUCAGCUGUGCUCCUUCUUCUACUCCGAUCUUGGUGAAGGACUUUUCCAGUGCAAAACGUGUGGAUGUAAGCGUAAACAAGCCAGCGGCAGUGGCUACAGCAAUCUCCUAGGUCACAUAGGUGCCAAGCAUGCUGACUACGCGAGCGAGUACGCUGAACUCCAAGCCGCUACCACCACCCCAACCAUCGACAUGUUCGGGUUUGUGGACGAGAUCACCCUCAAUAUCUACCAAUGGAUGCGCUGGAUUAUUCAGCGGAAUUUGCCCAUCACAGCAGUAGAGAACAAGCUGACUCGUGAGGUCGUGACUAUGACGCGUACAACAGUAAGGACGAUGAAAACAUACAUGCGUUUUACCGCUGCCAAGGUUGGGCGAGGGUGA